AAGUACGAAAAUGCCACUGACGAGGCAAAUAAUAUCGUAGGAUUGGUGUAGUAGGGUUUUAUCUCUACACUUUGAAUCAGUAGUGCAAGACGAAGUAGAUCGCAGUGAAGGUCCGAUGGCGGCUAAGGCGAGAAACCCUCAAAAGGUCCGAAACCCCGAUCUGAUUCGGGGCGUGGGUAAGUAUUCCCGGUCGAAGAUGUACCACAAGCGUGGUCUCUGGGCCAUUAAGGCAAAAAACGGUGGUGUUUUUCCUCACCACGACCCCAAACCCGCUGCCGAGACCGCGAACCAGAAGGCUCCGAAGUUCUAUCCCGCUGAAGAUGCCAAGAAGCCGCUUGUCAACAAGCGGAAACCCAAGCCCACCAAGCUCAGGGCAAGUAUUACUCCGGGAACAGUGUUGAUAAUUCUUGCUGGUCGCUUUAAGGGGAAGCGAGUUGUUUUCCUCAAGCAACUCUCAUCUGGGCUUCUUCUGGUCACUGGGCCAUUCAAAUUAAAUGGAGUUCCAUUGAGACGUGUGAAUCAGUCCUAUGUGAUUGGAACUUCCAUAGAGGUCGACAUUUCUGGGGUCAGCUUCGAUAAGUUAGAUGAUAAGUACUUUGCCAAGGAAGCUGAAAAGAAGAAGAAGAAGGGAGAAGGAGAGUUUUUCGAGGCAGAUAAAGAGGAAAAGAACCAGCUUCCACAACAAAAGAAGGACGAUCAGAAGUCUGUGGAUGCUGCACUGAUAAAAUCAAUCGAAGCAGUACCAGAACUGAAAACCUACUUGGCAGCCAGGUUUUCACUCAAGUCAGGCAUGAAGCCCCAUGAGCUUGUCUUUUAGGUUAGAGGGUAUUUCUCAUAGAGGACAAUUUUCUGUGUUGGACUAGUUGGAUUUAAAUUAUAAGUGCGCACAAAGUUUUUGUAUUGAUCGGGAGGAAAUUAUUUAUUGUUCGUGACUUUGAUCAAUCUAUAUAUUCGGAUAUGUAUUUUUCUUGCAA